ACUGACUUUAAUAAGGGACGGGACUUUAAGUGACCACGCAAGCGCAUCCAUGUGUUCGUCAGAAAUUUAUUCAUGACAAUAGCCGUCUUUGUUGUGUACAAAUCCAUGAAUUAGAGCUCUGCGGAAUAUAUCAAUUUCAAUCACCCUUUGGAGUAAGUAUUGUAUAUGGGCGCGUUUGCGUUCUGCUCUGCCGUAUACCGUACUCAAAACUGUCUGCUUGUCUGAUGGGUUAUGUUUAUAUACAAGUCAAUCACCUAAUCCAAGUGCUGUACAAGUAGCAGAAAAUGGCGGGCAACGAGGACCUACACAUUGUUUUCAAUUUCUUUGAGAAGAUUCCUAAUCCUCCUGAGCAAGCUUCCUAUGAAGAUGGCAUGAAGCAUAUUUACGAAUAUGUGAGGAGACAGCCGAGUUUCGUCCUAGGUCAGGUCCACAAGAACCUAGACCAAGCGAACGGUUUGUACAAGUACGUGAACUAUGUCGGUUUCAGCAACGGAGACUUCCACGCCUUUCAAGGAGGACCACCCCCGGCAGACUGGAUCAAGGUCGGCACUGAAGGUCUAGGAGGUAGAGAGCUGCGAGUUUGUUACCCAGGUGGUUACGCGGAAUUAGCGACUUCGGCUGAACAGCCAAUGUGUACGACCCGGGCUAAAGAUGAACAAAAUUCUUACUAUCUUCUCGUCAAUUUCAAGGAUUCUGACAUCGAUGAGGCAAGUUACAGCGCUUUUGAGGCGGACUGGAAGACAAAGACCGGAGCGGAUAUCAUCCGUGACGCAUUCCCUGCCGCCAUCGUUGGCGGCGACGUCGGCUUUUACAAGAGACGUCGACCCGGAAUCACUCCGUUCAUCUAUGUUCUCCGCUAUGAAAUACUUCCGGGGGCAUCCCGGGAGUCUGUUCUCCAGUUCCUGCCCACCCUUCGGGAGAAACUAACUGCGGGAGGGGUCCCGUUCAGCAACGUUGGUGCCUACAGUAUCUGUUACAUCUGCGACCCAGUCAAAGCCUGAUUAGAAAUCAAUAAAUCCCGACACCCUCAUAGAUUUUUAACUAGCCUCUUAGUUUAUUCAAAUAUUAACUUAUUGGUAAAUACCAAAUGUUGGUUAAAAAGAAAUUCCAUGCAAAGUGAAUGGGGAUAUUUUUUAAACAACAGUUGGUCGGUUCAUGUUUUAACCAACUUUGGGCAUUGGUUAACCAAAUUUCUGAAAGAGCUUGGCCUUUAUCUUCAACAAUCAUCAUACGAAUUUGAGAUUGUUGGUACUUAUCUGAUCUUCUACCUUGUAGCAAAUAUUUGAUAUUUCAGUACUUUUUAAAAUGUUGUUUGUUGUUGUAAUAAUUUUUGUAGCAAUCAAUUUUGUAAUGUGUUCCAGAUGAAUCAAAGGCCAUAACCCUGGGACCCUCAUUUUGUGAUUAAACCUUUUUUUUUUUUUUUUUUUGCUUUUCAAAUUCACAUCAGCACCCCCAGUGGAAAAAAACGUUCAUAGGGCCUGUCAAGCGCCCUGGGAACCCUAAUAUUUUUUAAGGAUUCAAUUUAAGAAAAAAAGAAUUUAAGGAAAGAAAAUGGAAAAUGAGAACAAGUACUAAUGAGAAGAAACCGUAUACAGCAAUGGAACUAGCAGCCACUCGGAGAGCCCUUUAAAAGUUGCUUCAUUUAUCCCAGGGAUAUCCAUGACCAAAACACCUCUUUUAAUCUGGUCAUUGCUGCUGUAAAAAUAUGAAAAUUUCAUUUUUUUGUAUCAUUGUAAAGGAAAAGAAUCAUUUUGUCGUGUUUGACUUUAUUCAAAAAAUUUGUGAUUUAGGUGAAACUUUUGAUCUAAAACAUGCCACAAAACAUAUUUCACUUGAGGUUAAAGUGGUUAAACUCUUUGAGAAAGAAAGUCUCACAAUUCAAGAGAUUUUGUAGGAAGGUGAAUUCACCACGACAAGGUUAGAAUAAAUCUUGCUUUUUGCUCAUUAGCAUAGGGCUCUGGAGUCUGGUUACAGAUAAAACAAUAUCCAGACUUUUCGCAUUUUCAACGGAGACACUCUCUACAACACACCAAUCCCUUUUAAAAUGCAAACCAAAUCACGAUGGAGAGCUGAGAGGCUUUUGCCGAAAGUUGGCGGACCUGAACAGCAUCGGAAUCUCUUGACUCUGGACAACGACAUAUUUGCAAUUGUAUGAUCUGCUGUCCGAGUCCACCUGACUUUCGACAAAAGCCUCUCAUCUCUCCACUGUGAGUUUAAUUGCAUUUUCAAAGGAAUCUGUGCGUUGUAGAGAGUUUCCCCGUAGUAAAUGCGAAAACUACUUAUUUUUCAUGACACGGACACCUUAAUGUCGUUAUCCCCCCCCCUUCUCCUCUUCCCCUCCCUAUACCUUGGAGUCGCUAUCCUGUUCUGCUUAAGUAAUGUAACUAAUGUACUUUGUUCUAAAAAAACGAGUAACCUGGACUUAUUCUCAAUGUAUACUCCAUUUAGAUUGAUACUGUGAAUAAAGGUGAUAGUCAUGUAUGUAUCGU